AUGUCGGCCACUGCAUUGCAUUUCAUAUUUACACAACAACGACAACAAAAACCACCACCACCACAACAAGUUGAUAAUGGUUUGGUUUUGACCAAACAAGACCCGACAACAUCUGAACGAAUAUCAUCUGUAAAAACUUCUCAUCGACCUCACGCUUUGUGGCGCAAUAUUGCUUAUGGAUAUCGGUUUCACACUUCUCUAGCAGGUAACACUGUUCGUUUUGCUAGAUAUCGACUUGAAAAGUUAUUUACAGAUGAAAUUUGGGGUGCUGGUAUUUAA